UCACCUGGCUUCUUCUUAUUGGACGUAAAGAACCAGGAAAUAGUGCGAUUGACUUUAAACACGUUCUUGCUUUUGAGUCGCCUUUGGCAUGUUUCCGUUGCUCUUGCUCUUGUUCUUCUCUUCCUCCACCCUUAAGUUUCCAACUGUUCUCUCUCUUCUCUCUCUCUACACACGUAAGUUUCCACUGUCUAUCCUUAUUUGUACCAGUAUUUUAUUAGCAAUCACUGGUUGCAUGUUUGAGACUAUUCAGUUUUCUAUGUCAACUGGGUAAGUCUUUCUCUGCCACUUCUCUGUUCCUCAUUCUCGUUGACUACGCACCCAGAAGCCGAGAACCCAGUUCAUAAACUUCAUAUGAAAUGUCCUCUUUUGCUUCUUUGGUUGCUGACUGAAAGUGGAGAUGUAGUUUUGUGUAUAUAUGCCACCUGAGAGAACAAAAUCUUAUACACUUUUGAGAUUGACAGAGGUUUUGACAGGUAAACAAGGUGGCUUGAGUUGAGACUUGUUGGGGUUUAGAGAUGGCAUAUCGAAGGGGGUUUGAUCAGCAACCCUCGAGGCGGAUUUCGCGGACUCAGACUGCCGGGAAUUUAGGAGAGCCAAGUUUGGAUAGUGAGGUGGUGCCUUCUUCCUUGGUUGAGAUUGCUCCAAUCCUCCGUGUGGCUAAUGAAGUCGAGGCUAGCAACCCAAGAGUUGCUUAUCUCUGUCGGUUUUAUGCCUUUGAAAAAGCUCACAGACUAGAUCCCACAUCGAGUGGACGAGGUGUUCGCCAAUUUAAAACGGCACUUCUUCAACGUCUAGAAAGGGAAAAUGAAACGACACUGGCAGGAAAAGAAAAGAGUGAUGCUAGCGUAAUGCAGAAUUUUUAUCAACAUUACUACAAAAAGUACAUUCAAGCUUUGCAGAAUGCUGCUGAUAAACAUGAUCGUGCCCAACUUACAAAAGCAUACCAAACUGCGGCCGUCCUAUUUGAGGUUUUGAAGGCUGUAAACCAGACAGAGGAAGUUGAAAUGGCUGAUGAGAUCUUGCAAGUUCAUACUAAAGUUGAGGAGAAAAAACAGCUAUAUGCGCCUUACAACAUUCUUCCUCUUGAUCCAGAUAGUCAAAAUCAGGCUAUCAUGACAUAUCCUGAGAUUCAAGCUAGUGUUUCUGCACUUCGUAACACCAGGGGUUUGCCAUGGCCAAAGGAUCACCAGAAGAAAGUAAAUGAAGACAUGCUAGACUGGCUUCAGGCCAUGUUUGGUUUUCAGAAGGAUAAUGUCGCGAAUCAAAGGGAGCACUUGAUUCUGUUGCUUGCAAAUGUGCACAUACGACAAUUCUCAAAGCCUGAUCAGCUACCCAAGUUGGAUGAUCGUGCAAUCACAGAUGUGAUGAAGAAGCUUUUCAAAAACUACAAGAAGUGGUGCAAGUAUUUGGACCGAAAAAGUAGCCUUUGGUUACCAAAAAUUCAACAGGAAGUGCAGCAGCGAAAAUUACUAUAUAUGGGUUUAUAUCUUCUUAUAUGGGGGGAGGCUGCGAACUUGAGAUUCAUGCCAGAAUGCCUUUGCUACAUUUAUCAUCAUAUGGCAUUUGAGUUGUAUGGGAUGCUGGCUGGCAGUAUUAGUCCAAUGACUGGUGAGCCCAUAAAGCCAGCCUAUGGUGGUGAUGACGAGGCCUUUUUAAAGAAAGUAGUAACUCCAAUAUAUGAGACGAUAGCAAAGGAAGCUAAAAGGAGCAAAGGAGGAAAAUCAAAGCAUUCUCAAUGGAGAAAUUAUGAUGAUUUAAAUGAAUACUUUUGGUCAAUUGAUUGUUUUCGGCUAGGUUGGCCCAUGCGUGCUGAUGCUGAAUUCUUUUCCCAACCUCUAGAACAGCUUCGACUUGACAAAAAUGCGGAUGACAAACGUUAUACUGGGGGACAAUGGAUAGCAAAAACCAAUUUUGUUGAAAUACGCUCAUUUUGGCAUAUCUUUAGAAGUUUUGAUAGAAUGUGGAGUUUUUAUAUUUUGUCUUUACAGGCAAUGAUCAUCAUUGCUUCGAAUGGGUCGGGGAAUUUAACUUCCAUAUUUGAGGGUGAUGCUUUCAAGAAGGUGCUGAGUGUCUUCAUUACUGCUGCAAUAUUGAAGCUUGCACAAGCUGUCCUUGAUAUAAUUUUGAGCUGGAAAGCAAGGCAGAGCAUGUCAAUAUAUGUCAAGCUAAGAUAUAUUUUGAAGGCUGUUUCUGCUGCAGGAUGGGUCGUAGUUUUACCAGUAGCUUAUGCCUAUAGUUGGAAAAAUCCUCCUGGGUUUGCACAGACCAUCAAGAGUUGGUUUGGAAAUAGUCCAAGUUCACCUUCUUUGUUCAUUUUGGCUGUUCUCCUUUACUUAUCUCCAAACAUGCUCUCCACACUGUUGUUUCUGUUCCCAUUCAUUCGUCGGUUUCUUGAAAAAUCAAAUACUAAGAUUGUGAUGCUCGUGAUGUGGUGGUCUCAGCCUCGGCUCUAUGUUGGAAGGGCAAUGCAUGAGAGCUCAAUUUCUCUUAUCAAGUACACUUUGUUUUGGGUUCUCCUGCUUGUAUCAAAAUUGGCGUUCAGUUACUACAUAGAGAUUAAACCUCUUGUGGGUCCCACAAAACAAAUCAUGGAAAUUCGUGUGAACAAAUUUCAGUGGCACGAGUUCUUCCCUCAAGCCAAGAACAACAUUGGUGUUGUGAUUGCACUUUGGGCUCCUAUAAUUAUUGUCUACUUUAUGGAUACUCAGAUUUGGUAUGCUAUCUUCUCCACAAUUUUCGGGGGUAUAUAUGGUGCAUUUCGCCGUCUUGGAGAGAUUCGAACAUUGGUAUUGCUGAGGUCUCGAUUCCAAUCCCUGCCAGGUGCUUUUAAUGCCUGCUUGAUUCCAGUGGAAAGGAAUGAGAAAACCAAGACAAAGGGACUGAAGGCCACUUUCUCUCGCAAAUUCAAUGAGAUCUCAACUAAUAACGAGAAGGAGGCAGCAAAGUUUGCUCAGUUGUGGAACAAAAUAAUUACUAGUUUUAGAGAGGAGGAUCUAAUAACUAACUGGGAAAGGGACCUGUUGCUUGUUCCAUAUUCGGCCGACCCUGAUCUGGAUCUUAUCCAAUGGCCUCCAUUCUUACUUGCUAGCAAGAUUCCAGUAGCAUUGCAUAUGGCCAAAGACAGCAACAGAAACGACUAUGAGUUGAAAAAGAGAUUGAAAGCAGACAAUUACAUGCAUUGUGCUGUUCGCGAGUGCUAUGCUUCAUUUAAAAAUAUAAUCAACUUUUUGGUUCAAGGAGAACGUGAAAAAGUGGUUAUAAAAGAAAUUUUCUCCAAAGUUGAUGAUCAUAUAAAGGAAGAGACUUUGAUACGUGAAUUGAAUAUGAGUGCUCUCCCUAGUCUCUAUGAACAAUUUCUUAAACUUAUCGAGUAUUUGUUAUUGAAUAAAAAGGAGGACAAGGAUGAGGUUGUAAUUGUCUUGCUCAACAUGCUAGAGAUUGUGACCAGAGACAUAAUAGUGGACGAUGAGGUUCCAAGUUUGGUAGAUUCAAGUCAUGGUGGCUCCUAUGGAAAAGAUGAGGGCAUGAAACCCCUGGCUCAACAAUAUAAGUUUUUUGGUGAAAUUAAAUUUCCUGUACUAGAAACGGAAGCUUGGAAGGAAAAAAUUAAAAGGCUUCGUCUAUUGCUUACCGAAAAGGAGUCUGCUAUGGAUGUGCCAUCCAACUUGGAAGCUAGAAGGCGUAUUACUUUCUUCUCCAAUUCAUUGUUUAUGGACAUGCCUGCUGCACCCAAAGUCCGAAGUAUGCUUUCCUUCACCGUCCUAACUCCUUACUAUAUAGAGGAUGUUCUUUUCUCCAUGAGUGACCUAGAAAAGCUAAAUGAAGAAGAUGGAGUUUCCAUACUUUUUUAUUUACAAAAGAUCUUUCCAGAUGAAUGGAAAAACUUUCUAGAACGGGUCGAGUGUAACAACGAAGAAGACCUCAAGACAACUGAAGGACAGGAAGAAAAACUCCGUUUAUGGGCAUCAUAUCGAGGCCAGACAUUGACCAGAACUGUACGAGGCAUGAUGUACUACCGGAAAGCUUUGGAGCUUCAGGCCUUUCUGGAUAUGGCAAAGGAUGAAGAUCUAAUGAAAGGCUACAAGGCAGCUGAAAAAUUAGAUAGUGAGGAGCCCCCGAAGAGUGAAAGGUCAUUGUGGGCACACUGUCAAGCAAUAGCUGAUAUGAAGUUCACAUAUGUGGUAUCAUGCCAGCAGUAUGGCAUUGACAAACGGUCUGGUGAUCCUCGUGCUAAAGACAUUCUGAAGCUCAUGACAGAGUACCCGUCUCUUCGGGUAGCUUAUAUUGAUGAAGUUGAAGAAGCUUGUAAAGAUAACUCAAAGAAAACAGUUCAAAAGGUCUAUUAUUCAGCUCUUGUAAAGGCUGCUUUACCGACAAAGGCAAUUGAUUCUUCUGAACCAGUUCAAAAUCUAGACCAGGUCAUUUAUCGAAUAAAGCUUCCUGGGCCUGCACUAUUGGGUGAGGGGAAGCCAGAAAAUCAAAAUCAUGCCAUUGUCUUUACACGUGGGGAAGGCUUGCAAACGAUAGACAUGAAUCAGGAUAACUAUAUGGAAGAAGCCUUCAAAAUGAGGAACUUGCUGCAAGAAUUUCUUAAAAAACAUGAUGGCGUGAGAUUUCCAACAAUCCUUGGACUUAGGGAGCAUAUAUUUACUGGCAGUGUUUCAUCUCUGGCAUGGUUUAUGUCAAAUCAGGAGAAUAGCUUUGUAACUAUUGGGCAGCGACUGUUAGCUAACCCUCUGAGAGUUCGAUUCCACUAUGGUCAUCCAGAUGUGUUUGACAGACUGUUUCACCUUACUAGAGGGGGUGUCAGCAAAGCUUCAAAAGUCAUCAAUUUAAGCGAGGACAUAUUUGCAGGUUUCAAUUCUACAUUACGUGAGGGCAAUGUUACUCAUCAUGAAUAUAUACAAGUUGGUAAAGGGAGGGAUGUUGGCCUUCAACAGAUCUCAACAUUUGAGGCAAAGAUAGCUAAUGGGAAUGGUGAGCAGACAUUGAGUCGUGACAUGUAUAGGCUUGGGCAUCGAUUUGAUUUCUUCCGAAUGCUGUCAUGUUAUUUCACCACUAUUGGUUUCUAUUUUAGCACCAUGCUGACAGUGCUCACAGUCUAUAUGUUUCUCUAUGGCCGCCUUUAUCUCGCUCUCAGUGGAUUUGAAAAGGAGCUGAGUGCUCAUCCAACUAUUCAUGACAACGAGGCUCUUCAAGUAGCUCUUGCUUCUCAGUCUUUUGUACAAAUUGGAUUUCUAAUGGCCUUGCCUAUGAUGAUGGAAAUCGGUCUAGAAAGGGGCUUCCGUAAAGCAUUAACUGAUUUCCUAAUAAUGCAAUUACAGUUGGCUUCUGUCUUCUUCACAUUUUCUCUGGGAACAAAGACCCACUAUUAUGGAAGGACAUUGCUUCAUGGGGGUGCACGAUACAGAGGUACAGGCCGUGGCUUUGUAGUGGUCCAUGCUAAGUUUGCUGAGAACUAUAGGCUCUACUCCCGCAGCCAUUUUGUCAAGGGGAUUGAACUGAUGAUUCUGCUUCUUGUGUACGAAAUAUUUGGUCAUUCAUAUAGAGGUUCAGUUGCUUAUAUUUUUAUCACUAUAUCCAUGUGGUUCAUGGUUGGGACAUGGCUUUUUGCUCCUUUCCUCUUCAAUCCAUCAGGCUUUGAGUGGCAAAAGAUCGUUGAUGACUGGACAGAUUGGAAUAAAUGGAUAAGCAACUAUGGAGGGAUAGGUGUACCUCAAGAAAAAAGUUGGGAAUCUUGGUGGGAAAAGGAACAAGAGCAUCUCCGCUAUUCCGGGAAGCGUGGUAUCAUUGUUGAGAUAUUGUUAGCACUGCGGUUUUUCCUCUAUCAAUAUGGGCUUGUAUAUCAUUUGAACAUCACAAAGCAUACCAAAAGUUUUCUGGUUUAUGGAGUUUCAUGGAUUGUGAUCAUUCUAUUAUUGUUCUUGAUGAAGGUUGUGUCUUUUGGAAGACGGCGAUUGAGUGCAAACUUCCAGCUUUUGUUUCGAUUGAUCAAGGCUCUAGUUUUCCUGACACUCCUUUCUGUUUUCAUUAUUUUAAUAGCACUUCCUCAUAUGACUCUUCGGGACAUCAUAGUCUGCAUUCUAGCAUUCAUGCCUACCGGAUGGGGAUUGCUCCUGAUUGCACAAGCUUGUAAACCGCUGAUUGUACGAGCUGGAUUUUGGGGAUCAGUCAGGGCACUUGCUCGUGGGUAUGAAAUGAUCAUGGGCUUGCUUCUGUUCACCCCAGUUGCAACCUUGGCUUGGUUCCCAUUUGUUUCAGAAUUCCAAACACGAAUGCUCUUCAACCAAGCAUUCAGCAGAGGUUUACAGAUUUCCCGUAUUCUUGGUGGACAGAGGAAGGAUCGCUCCUCCAGCAAUAAAGAGUAAAUGAAUUUUCCAACAACUGUCCAUUAAUGUAAAGACUCGGUGUUUACCAUAUCAUCUAGAAAAACCAUUUCAUCUUCGCGUUUGUAUGUAUUUUUGAGAACUUACAACAUAUUGUACAUGUCCCACAUGAUUGAUAAAUGUAGAUGUCUAUUUUGUGUGGCCUUUGAAGGAGAUGCAGAGACUGUAGUUUUGGCAAUCAAAGAAGACCCUUCUGCUAUGAAUAGGAGAAUAGAUGGAACCAUUCAUGAUUAAAAGACA